AUGCCGGGAGGCGAACCGACGACGAAGCCUGCUACUACCUCCACAGUAACCGUGACCGCGCCGGCUUCGACUUCGACUCAGCCAGCGAGCCAGUGUAACACGGGUGAUCUUCAAUGCUGCAACUCCGUCCAGAGUUCGGAUAGCAGCGGCCUUGCAGGCCUCCUUAGUCUCUUGGGUGUUGUCCUCCAGGGUGUUGCUGUCCCUGUUGGCUUGACCUGUGACCCCAUCUCUGUCAUUGGCCUUGGCAGUAAUAGCUGCUCUGCACAGCCUGUUUGCUGCUCGAACAACAACUUCAACGGUGUCAUUGCCCUUGGCUGUACACCAGUCAACCUCAACCUUUAA